AUCUCAUCUGGAGGAAGCGACGACGGUGGCUCUCUCUCUUUCUCUCUGGCUCACAGAAACAACUACUCCAUUUUGAUUCUGUUGUAGUAACUAGUAUUUAUUGAGCAAUUCCUGAUUUUGAUCGCUUUUUAUUCCUGUGUAUUUGUUGCCAAUCGUGGAUAUUUGAAUAUUAUCUGUCGUCGUCUAUCCGUCUUUCUCCUUUCCACCUUGUUUGUGUUUAGUUUCAUUUGGGGAGGGUAGGGGGUGAAUCACACAGUACAGCUCUCCCCCGUUGCCGUCAACAUAAGAACGAUCCGCGGUGGAGGAUUGCUUUGAAUCUUGUUUGGGAUGGAUCUAUUACUGAAAAUCGCAUUGUCGUGACUGCUGGGUAAUUGGCGAAUGAGGAUGGGCUUACAAUCUUCUGGUAAGUUGGUUGAAUUUGCUGGAAGAUUGAUACGUGAAUUGUUGAAUCCCUCACUCACGGCUUAACAUAGCCUCGAACCAAAAAUAAAUCCCGCGGGAGUUAUUGGGGAAGAGGAUUAAAUGGAUGAGGUCACUCAUAGUUACAAGGACGGGGAAUCUGAAAGGUCCCCUCAAGUGGCAGGACAACCCGACGGCUCAUCAUCGCCAUCGCAAUCGCCAUCUUUUUUGUCUGUUGCGGUGCGAUGGCAUCCAAGCCAGCUGGUCUUCCGUCCUUAUACACCCGUUGUUGCUGCUGGUGCAAAGCCCCAAACUUUGCGCGUUGUCGUUAGAAGACCCUUGGUGGUAAGGUUAACUAAGGACAUCGUUGAAACAUAUCAACUAUGCAACCCUCAUUUCCAAUAUUCAGAAACGUUGAACCCAAAGAGGUUCCUGACAACACCAUCUAUUGGAGUUUUGAAUGAUGGCUGUGAUAAUGCAAAUUCAGACUUGAUUCUGUCUGUUAAUUAUGCACUGAUCAAUAUGGACACCAAACGAAGGUACAUUGUCAAAGAUAUUCUUGGACAUGGGACUUUUGGGCAGGUUGCUAAGUGCUGGGCUGCGGAAACAAAGAGUUUCAUUGCUUUAAAGAUCAUAAAGAAUCAACCUGCUUACUAUCAACAGGCGUUGGUUGAAGUUUCUAUAUUGACAACAUUAAAUAAGAAGUUUGAUCCUGAGGAUAAGCACCAUAUUGUCCGCAUCUAUGAUUACUUUGUGUAUCAGCGGCAUCUCUGCAUCGCUUUUGAAUUACUCGACACCAACCUGUAUGAACUCAUAAAGUUGAAUCAUUUUAGGGGAUUGUCGUUGAGCAUUGUUCAGUUGUUCUCGAAGCAGAUACUGCGUGGGUUGGCUUUAAUGAAUGAUGCUGGUGUCAUUCAUUGUGAUCUCAAGCCGGAAAACAUUCUUUUGUGCACGAGUGUAAAGCCAGCAGAAAUCAAAAUUAUAGACUUUGGAUCAGCAUGCAUGGAGGACCGUACUGUUUACUCUUACAUUCAGAGCCGAUACUAUAGGUCCCCUGAAGUUCUUCUUGGAUAUCAGUACACGACUGCUAUUGACAUGUGGUCAUUUGGAUGCAUAGUUGCUGAGUUGUUUCUGGGUCUUCCAUUAUUUCCAGGAGCUUCAGAGUUUGAUCUCUUGAAGAGGAUGAUCAAGAUACUUGGGGGACAACCUCCAGAUUAUAUACUAAAUGAAGCCAAAAACACCAGCAAGUUCUUCAAAUUUGUAGGAAGCAUCAACCAAGCAGCAAGUGGUCUAGAUGCAACUAGUAGAUGUAGUGCAUAUCAGGCAUUAACAGAAGAAGAAUAUGAAACUAGAGAAUCAAAAAAACCAGUCGUUGGGAAGGAGUACUUCAACCAUAUGAACCUUGAAGCUAUAGUUGCUAAAUACCCUUACCGGAAGAAUUUGCCAGAGGAAGAUAUUGCUAAAGAAAGUAAAAUACGAUUGGCACUGAUUGAUUUCUUGAGAGGACUUGUUGAGUUUGAUCCGGCAAAGAGAUGGUCACCUUCACAGGCUUCAAAGCAUCCUUUUGUCACAGGGGAGCCUUUCAUGUGUCCCUAUAAACCGGCCCCAGAGACACCUCGCAUGCCUGUAUCGCAUCAGAAUGUGAAGGUGGACCAUCAUCCAGCUGGAGGUCAUUGGUUUGCUGCGGGUCUCUCUCCUAAUAUCCCGGGCAGAAAUCGAGUUGCACUUCAGAACAGCUCACAUUUCCAGGUUCUACCAUUUGCACAUGCCGGCAGUUAUGGUAGUUUGGGAAGCCUUGGCAGCUAUAGUGAUGGUCUUGUACUUGGAAGCAGCCAUGGAAGCUAUGGUGAUGCCAACAGUCGGCUUGCAUUUUACUCUCCUGUUGGUCCAUCGGCAAUGAAUAUUUACCCUCAUAGUGGGUCCUCCAUUAUUGGUAACAGUCCAGAUGCAAGGCGUGUUAUGCCUCUACCACACGGGAAUGGACUUGGUUUUAGUCCAGGUAAUUUUGCACCAAUGUCCCUUGGCAGUAGUCCUUCACAAUUUACUCCUCCUGGCUCGUAUGGUCAGAUUUUAUCUGGUUCUCCUGGGCUUUAUGGUCCUUCUUCUCCGGCAAGAGGCAAUUGUCAUGGGUCACCUUUGGGAAAAGUUGCAGCUGUUGGCCAGUACCACAGAAGAAAAAGCUGGGGUUAUUCUGGAAGUUUACAAUCUCAAGAAUUGGCAUCAUCCGCUCAGUGGCUAGGCCAAGUAACAGAUGGUAUCAUCCAAGCUGAAGGAAACUCUAGCGUGUUUGGUGGUUCACUGUUGCAUCUGCAUCCUACCUCAAGUGUCACAAAUUGGAGGCACCAACAAGGGGGCAGCAAUGCACAUGCUUGUCAGUCCACUUCCCAUAACAUGGCAAGUUCAGCUGCAACACUUGGUCCUCAUCCUAAAAUUGUUGGGCAUGACAAUCCUGAGGCUAGUACCUCAUUGCCUGAUCCAGGAGAUUGGGAUCCCAACUAUAGCGAGGAGUUACUUCUACAAGAGGAUAGCUCAGAUGCUGGUGUCAUGACAGCUGAAUUCACCAAGGGAUUGCAUCUUGGGAAUAGUGUGGCUUCUACAGAUCCAGUAGUUGGGGCUAGCAGAUUCAAUCGUGUGACAAAUUCAAGUGCAAACGUGUCAGCGCAAAGUCAUCAAGGCGGAGUCACACUUGGAGAAGUGGGUAGCCCUACUUCAGCUCAUGAUGCACGCGGUGGGUAUAUCCACCCAGUAACCAAGACAUCGUAUUUAAUGCCUCACUUUUCCCCAAGUUCCCCAAGCCGUUUGGGGCAACAGCCAAUUCAACGAAUUAACCAUGGGAAUCAUGGCAUGGAGUGGAAUCAUGCAAAGGUCCAACCCCCUUUGUCGAGCUUUUCUUCUGGUGGCCCUCGUUCUCCUGGAAGCAUUGGCAUGCACUGGGGCCGGAGGAGCAGCCAUCCGAUCAACAGUAUCCCCCCUGCUUACCGUGGAAGAAAAGACUAUGGAAGAAUCGCUUAACAGUUGCUUGUGCCCAACUGCAAUGGGUGGGUGCAUCUAAGUGCCUGCACCUUCCUUGUGAGUUGCAGGCUUAUGUUGCUGUAAUCUCAUCCGUGGACAAUUUCCAUUUAUUUCACUGCACAGAAAUAUGAUUUAAUCUUAUAAUUCCAAUUUCUGCUGGCUUUGCAAGUGAUUUGCCUGGA